AUGAAUGCGUGCGAUGUAAUGGGGUCAAGAGCUUGUGGUGAAAAACCGGGAAAAGAAUUAAAAGAAGAUGAUCCAACAAAAUAUUGUUUAGCAUCUAAAGUUUAUUAUGAGUGUAUACAUAAGAAAUAUCGAGGAUGUGAAGAUAAAGAAAAAUAUGAAAAUGCCAUGGAAUCAAUGUUAAAAGGUAUAAAACGACGAGUAUCCGAACUACAAACAUUCUGUGAUAGUAAAAUCGAAGAUUUCACAGUAAAUAUUGUAUGGGAAGAAAAAAAACCGGUACCUGAUCAAGAUUCCGUACGUGGUAAUCAUCAAACAGUCGUCAAUAAUCCCACGAAUGUUGGUGUGGGAUCGAGUGUGUCAACUGGACAAAAAAAUGAUUAUUGUUCAAUAAGUGCCGUUAAUCAAUUUUGUGAACCAAUGAGGGUUGUUCGAUUUGUCAAUAAUUGGAAUAGUUUAAUAAAACGACAAUGGUGUAAUCAAGGACAAGUAUUUUAUCGAUGUAUCAAAAGUCGUGUUGAAACAUGUAACGAUCAUGAUAUACGAAAACAUUUUGAAAAUAUUGAACAUUACUUACAGUCACAAAUAAAUGCUAAUUGUCCGGGUGGGACUGAAGGAUGUCAAAAAUCAAAUGAUGUGAGAUGCAAAAUUGGUACAUUUCAAUCAAAUCGAACGACGAGUACGAGUUAUUCCUUAUCAAAUAUUAUUCUCAUACUGUUUUUAGUACUGACUUAUUUCUAUGAAGUAUGA